UCAUGCAUUGCCCAAGAUUCCAAGGAAACCCCACAUUCAACCAAUAUUGUCCCAAUGAUGUUUUUGGUGGUAUUUGGUCCAUAUUAACCUUUUUUUGCUGCAGAGUUAUAGCUCAAGACAGAUUGGUUUAAUACAUUUAAAACAUUGUCAUUAGUUUUGGUCUGUAAAACGUCCUACAGUUGACAAGUCAUUAGAACAAGACUAACCGUAGCUAUUUACUUGCAAGUUGUUUUAUGUUCUCCAAAACCAUAUUAAGAUACAUUAUUUAUUCCAUAUCAUAACCAGCAGCCACACAAUCUACAAACGAAUAAACAUAAAAUAAAUAUCAAGGCAUCAAUCUUAGUUCUAAAUGCCCCUCCCGAAAGCCAUAAAACACCCAAGCAUAUUAUAUUCAUACAAUACACAUAAUAUAUACAAGCACCCCUCCCAAAAUUACAUCAAGAUGAACAUUAAAAGGAAGUGUUCGACACACUUUGUAGCUUUUUUUCCCCCUCCUCUGCCGGCCUCCAUCACGGUCACCUGAUAUCGCCAGCCAUUGGCCAUUGUGACAUUAAUUGUUGUAUCGUUUCACUAUGGGCUCUGGACAAAAAUAAAAAAAGCGCGUUCACGUGGGUUGAAAAGAAAUAGGUGUUAGCUUUCAAGAAAAAAGUGUACACUAUACACUAAGAAAUUAUCUUCGCAAUUACAUUAGUAUUAACAUCCUUUGCUGAGGAGAAAAUUGGGCAUUUUGAUUUUAUUGAUCAUGCAUCUUCUAUUAGGUGUAUAUAAUAUUUUAAGAGCCCACUCAAUAUAGUGGUUUUUGAACAGAUGAAAAAGAUCUAAUGCUAACAAGAAGAAUAUGCUUUAAGCAGAAAAACCUUUCCAAUGUCUAUAUAUACUCAUACUCAAUCCAUUUAAAUUUAACACACAAUCUCUAGAUACAUCCCUGUCAUUAAAAUUACAUAAUUUAUGAGCAUCAUUGGCUUAUACCAUACAAAAAGAGAAAUCCUUUAAAAUAAUUUAUCAAGCAUCAAACAAAUAUCAAUUUCCUUUUGCAUAGUGUAGAAAUAUGGUAACAUGCUAGGAUGGGAACAAAUUUCAGGACAAAAGUAAAUGUUUCUAAUGCAAUGACAUUUACGUAACUUUGCAUGCAUUUGAGUUUAGUGAUUGAAAAUGAAAACUAUGUACAGUACACAUAUAUACACACACACAAGUACACACACCUGCGUUUUUAGACUCAAAUUCUGUUUUUAAAAAACUGAAUAAUAAAAAAUAUGUAUUUGUUUGGUGUAUUGAAUCAGAUGUACUGAUGAACCUAAAAGUAACUAAAACUGUAUGUCUCAACCCAACCAAGGACGUGUAUAUUAGUUCGUGACCCAACAGGGGAAAAAAACGGAAAACAAAAGUGUACGUAAUUUUUUAUAUAUAUAUAUAUAUAGUAGAUGAAUUACAUAGACACUUGUUUAUUUCAAUUUAGUUUUGAUUUUAAUAUCUUUAGGGAUUCUAAUUUCACUAACUUUUGCUGCAUGUGUAGGGUAGAUUUGACUGCAUGUCCCUAGAGCAAUUUCUUUUGAUUAGUCUCCAGUUUAAAUAGUAAUCGCUUGAUCAUCUUUGCUAAAUUUUCAAAUGCUGGUCGAUCAAUAUUAAAAUUUUAAAAUCUGUGCACUUGUACCUUGACAACUUUUGAGAGCAUGAAGAUCUUUCCUGAAGAACAAUGAAGAUCAGAUCGAGUGCAACUCAAAUUUCGCUCUAUUUUAUAUAUAGAUAUGGCGGAGACCGGAACAUGUGAGCAUUGUUGAUAUAAUUAUAUCUCUAUACUUUUUCUAGACUGUGAUAGCCAUAAAGUAUAAAAUAUAUGUAUAUACAGUAUUAGUUAACAAUCUACAAAAUAAUUACAAAAUUACUGUGUAAAACGCGCCUUGAUAGUCAUAAAUCAUUCAUGUCAGCGAGCUAGGCUUAAAUUAACUUGGUGGCCAUGUCUGAAUCACGAAUAUUGGCGGGUCAGCGGCUCCGCCAAUCUUUGCCAAUGUCCCCAUCUUAGCUGACAUGAACGAUAGCGUUGCGCGCGCACCGUGAACGUUGCCAAUGGACAAAACAAUGUUCCAAGCUUUUCCCAAGCUUGGCCCAAGAUUGUCCGAAUCUUGCAUGUUUGCUGGGGAGUGGUUUGUAUAGAGAAAAGAGACACAUAUAAAAAAUGCUCUUUCAAAAGCAAUAAUUAUGAUUACUAUACUGACGCAAUUUUAAACAUCUGUGAGUUUAAAAUAUGUACAUUUCGAUAUCAAUAAUGUAUGAUAAUAAAGAUAAGGUAUCUAUCGAUAAGACUUCACACAGACUUUUUACAUGAUUUUUCUUGGCAAUUAAUGGGUUUUCGUGAAAGGUUUGACAAAAAAUUGUUAUUAGAAAACGAAAACAUCCCAAAGAAACACUCACACGCACACACACAAAAAUACACCCAAGAUUUGAUCACACUACAGGUCAAACUAAAGACGUCGUUUGCAUCCACUAUGCUACAGAGAGAUUUCUCGCGAUACUUUCUAAUCUAACCUACUUUUAGUUUGACAAUGUCUCGGUUGUUUAGGGCCCUCAUUUAUUUUACUUUUACCUGUCAUCAGUUUUAGGCCUUAAGCUAUUUUGCCUGUCGCUAGUAACUUUAUGCAGCCCUUCAUAGUGUUUAAAAGAUGUUGAACUUAGCGCCAUAACAAGUUUCAGAGCUGGGAAAGAUUGAAACGGAGGUUUCGCUAAGCGCGGACUGUCAAGGUCGCUGACAUCACUCUUCCAAAGCUCCCGUUUUUCCCUUCACUGAGAUGUUUACAAAAAUAAUCAGCCGCCAGGACGAGUGGCGAAAGUCUCAUCCAAGAUCACGUGAUCCUCCGAUUUUGCCGCCUCUCGGAGUCUUGUCAUUACGUCACAAACAGUCUAGUGCUGACGUCAUCCGCGGGAUAUCCUCGCGGUCAGAUGGUGUGUCAGUUAAACAAUCAGAUGUAGCUGUGGACAGGAAGGACCCAGCUCUAGCGAAUGUCGCUCUAGAGUCUAGAACCUCCCUUUCAUGCGGCCUCCGGGAGCCUCCAGUUCAGUCUUCUGCCAGUUUUUGUUUGUACCUGCAUGAGCCCGCUGUUAUUCUCAUCCGUAGUUUCUUCGGAGGUAUUUCCGACUCAAGAAUAGGGAAGUGUGACACGGCAAAAAGGCUGACACGAUAAUACUUCUAUCAUACGCUGGUGUACUACUACAGUUCCGGCAUUGCAUACACGUGAGUGGUUUAAGCUGUGAGCUGUGUCUGCUUAAGGUAACCAGUUUUAGCUGUGUAGCAUUGGUGAGCGAUGUUAGCAGUGCUGUGCGUGUGGGUGAGCCUAUUCUCCGCCUUCAUGUUUCCACCUGCUGAUACCUGAACGUCUAUUAUACCUUUACUUGUCAUCAGUUUUAGGCCUUGAGUUAUUGUGUCUGUCGCAAUUAACUUAUGCAGCCCUUCAGACUGUUUAAAGUUGUUGAACGUAGCGCCAUAACAAGUUUCAUAGCUGGUAAAGAUUGAAACGAAGGGUUCCUCAGAGCGGCUUGUCAAGGUAGCUGACGUCACGCUUCCGACGUUUUUCCCUACGCUGAGACCUUUGCGAAAAAUAAAUCAGCCCUAAGUGAUAAUAUAAAUUUUUCUUACAAGUGGAGAGAUUCUCUUCCGUUUGCUUUAUCUUGUAAUUUAAUUCAAUGGUUGGUUUCUUUUCCUUUUCUUUUGAGUUGGUGGGUCGCACUUUAUGACCGCCAAUAAACUAAAAUUUUGUACUGUCCCUACGUGUUCAUGUUUUUGUGUCCACUGAGGAGUGAUUGGCUUCGUUGUUCUCGUCGGGCGUGUGAAAGUCCGUCUGAUUGUGAGCGUGUCUGUGAGACAGCAAGUCCCGCGAUACCCGAUAGCGUUACCAUAGUGUACGCUACUCUACUCCCCACGUCCCCGGAUAGGACCAAAAUUCUGGUCAUUUUAGCUUAGCCCUUUACUGCUGAUUAUGAUGCCACAAAAAUCAACACACAUCACAUUUAAAUCCAGUCAAAUGGUGUCAGGGACGCAGGUCUAGUGGUUAGGAUUUCGCGUUGUCACCGCGACGGCCAGGGUUCGAUUCCCCGCUUGGGAACCAGAAAGUGAGAUUUAAAAACUGCGUCCCUGACAAUGGUGACCCCGUACGUGAUUUGUCGUGGGCUUGUAGUAUAGGUGUUCAUCUCUCGUGUAGUAAGUUGAGUUGAAAAUUUGUGGGGCUGUGUGCGCUAUCCCCGUCUCCAGCUCUACGGGUCUGUGGAGAUUGUAUAGCUCACUCCACAGUAAAGGAUUAGUGUCUUUAUCUACUUUCGUGCUUUGACUUUCUUUCCAAGCUCUCUCUUCUUGGUGGAGUGUGUGAGAUAUUGGAAACUGAGAGUGGGUGCUAUCCUAUAGGACUCUUUCUUGUAUUUGAAAAAAAAAAAUUUUUUUUUUUGGCUUUCUCUAAUUAUCUUUGUUAUAUGAUGUUACGCUGUUCUUUAAGUGGUCAUAUGCUUUGAAAUGGUUUGUUAUUACCUUUAGAGAUAAGUUAAUUUUGAUGUAGUUGAUGACCUAUUGGAUGUUGAUACUUGAGAAUUGAUUUUGUUAACUAUUGUGAACAUUUAGUGAACCUGGUGCACGUUUAUAGGUGUGAAAACUUUGAGUAAAUGUUUAUCUAUACUGUUUGAUAAUAAUUUAGAUAUUAAUCUGGAGUAGGAAAUUGUAGUAAACAUGGAGUUACCGGAUGUGGAUAGCUUCAUAGCACAGGGUGAGAAGCUGGGAUACACAGAUAGUGCACUCCAAAAGUACGUCCAGCAGUGUAUCGAACGUUUUGACAGAGGUACAGAAAAAUUAGAAAGAGAAGCUGAGGCUGAAAGAGCAGAAAGAGAAGCUGAGCGUCAGUUCGAAUUAGAGAAACUACGUUUGGAACGGAGAACCGAUGCAAGUGCGUCCAACAGUAAUGGGAGUCAAGUUUCAAGAACACUCACGCAUAAGAUUCAAGAGUUCAAAGAGGACUCGGAUGAUAUCAACUCCUUCGUGAGGCGAUUUGAAGCCCAGGCACAAACUCUUAAGUGGCCUAAGGAUAUGUGGCCAUUACAAAUGUCCACGGCUUUUCACGGAGAAGCUCUCCGAUUGUAUGAUAGGCUAUGUGUAGAUGGACCUGUAGAUUACGAUGAACUAAAAAAAGAACUUUUGAUCAAAUUCCAGUGUACAGCCGAAGGAUUUAGAGAUCAAUUUAGAUCGGCGAAACCACAAAAGGAAGAGUCGAUGAAAUCUUUUCACGCCCGAUUAGUGGGAUUAUUCAACAGUUGGAUUGAGUUGUCCAAAAACCAAAAAACUUAUGAAGGACUUUAUGAUCUGUUAAUAAGGGAGCAGAUUCUGCAAAGUGUAUCCAGAGACUUAGCAGUUUUCUUGAGAGAAAGAAGCUUCCAGAACGCUCAGGAAAUGGUUGACAGUGCAGAACAUUAUCGCGAGGCACAUAAAUACAGAGCACGACGGGGUGACGGCCUAGAAUUCGCCGGUGUUAGUCAGAGCGCAGGUGGGGGCACACGUUCACCUCGCAUGGGUGGGCCGCGUGACGAUCGCACGCGAUUUCCAAGGGAUCGAUAUAUACCAGGAAGAGGACCCAGGGAGGUGCGACCGACAGGAUGGUCACGCGCCACGACGAACAGGACCAGCACUUCUCGAUCACCAGAGAAGAGGUCUCCAACUUUUAGGAGAAAGAUCAAGUGUUACGCCUGCAAGGGAUUCGGACACAUUGCCCGAGUGCGUGCCAACACACUAGGGACUAGUAGCGAUAAGCCCGACCCUCGAGCAUCUCCGAAGCCAGCCAAUAUUGGAAUUUUAUGCUCUUCCACCACGCAAGAAGAACUGGGACUCCUGGAACUUUAUUCCGGGACAGUCCGAGGUAAAACCGUCCAGGUGUUGCGAGACACUGGCGCAACCACAGCGGGAAUUCGUGCUGACCUGGUUCAGGACCACGAAUACCUGGGUCACAACCAGGCCUGCAUAACGUUUGGAGGAAAUGUUGAAACUUUCCCCGUAGCUCGUGUAUACGUGGACACACCGUUUUACAAAGGUUAUUUGAAAUGCUGUGUGAUAAAACACCCUGUGACGGAUUUGAUCACAGGAAAUAUUCCGGGAGUUCAGGACAAUAUGGAAGACAACAUACCCACAGCCAUGGUGGUGACUCGUUCACAAACGAAGAAAGUGCAUCAACCAACAUAUCCUACUGAACUCGAACCUUUGUCACAGAAGAUAGAACCGCAAGUGUUCAUCCAAUACCAGAAAGAAGACAAAUUCCUCCAGAAAAUACGAGAAUCUGUUGGACAAGAUAGAAAGCUUAAACUUAAAAACAAUAUCCUUUACAGGCUGUUCGAGAAAUCGGCUAUUCGACAACUAGUGGUGCCGCAACAAUUACGAUCCAUGGUUCUGACCAUAGGCCAUGAUAACCCCCUUUCCGGAUAUACUGGAGUCAGGAAUACACUGCGCCGGAUAUUAACGCAAUUUUGGUGGCCAGGAGUUCGAAGAGACGUACGGAUACACUGCCAAACCUGUGACAUUUGCCAACGGACUACUUCCAAGGGCAGGAACACUCCAGUGACAAUGAUGAAGACACCCAUUAUCGACGAACCAUUCAAGUGCAUAGCCAUUGACCUAGUGGGUCCCAUCAGACCAGCCUCCGUCGAGGGUCAUACCCACAUCCUGACUGGCUGA